GGAAGUUAGCGAACGGUCGCUUCGAUUGGAAGAGAAUAAUUCCAAUGGGGGAGAGGAGGCGGAGAAUGAUACGUGGGGGUGGGGAGACGAAGACGAGGACGAAGACGAAGAGAUUAUUCUAGAAGAAUCGAGGGCGUUGGACGAAGAAGCAAGGUAUGUACGUGUGUAUGGGGGGCGGGGUGUAACUGGGGCGUCGCGAUUUCAUAGAAAAUCCCUCUUUGAAUUUGAAAUUUUUUUUCGGGAAUGGGAGGUGGGAUUGCGGGGAGGAUUCGUUUGACCAGAGAUAUCCGCCGCCUUUGAUUUUUUACUCGGUUGUUGCGUUCCGUUAAUUGCGUGUUUAAUUUCGAUUUAAAGGUCGUUUUUUGGGGGAAUUUUUUAUGGGAUUUUGAGGUGGGUGAUUGGGGAUUUGGGAACUGGGGGCGUUGGGGGGAGGGAUUUUUACUGAUUUGGAUGAGACCCAGAUCGAGAUUUGGGCGGUCGAAGCGAGAAAGGUGGGAUCUUUUUAGGGUUUGGUAGGUGUCAAUUGGUGUUUUCGGAUAAUUCCUGUUUGGGAUUAGGUUUUCGUUUUGCAGCAAUUUGGGGGAUUUGAUUGAGGAGUACCCACAUCGAGAUUUGAUCGGAUUUUUUACAUUCGAUCCUUUCGUUGCAAUAUGUCUGGAGUGCAAGAGCAGGUAGAAAUCAAGUUUCGGUUGCUCGACGGAUCGGAUAUCGGUCCCGAAACAUAUUCGAUAGCGACGAGCGUCGCCACACUCAAGGAAAGCAUCCUUGCUCAGUGGCCCAAAGAUAAAGAGAAUGGUCCGAGGACAAUUAAUGAUAUUACGCUGAUUAAUGCUGGUAGAAUAUUAGAGAAUAGCAGAACCUUGGAAGAGUGCAGAAGCUCUGUGUGUGAUCUUUCCGGAGUGACGGCUAUGCAUGUUGUCGUUCGCCUCCCUCCGUCAGAAAGAGGAACUGAGAAGAGAGCGCGGAAAAAGCCGAAAGGUAACAAGUGUGGCUGUUUUAUCAUGUAAAAAAAAAAGAAAAAAAAAAAAAGAAAGAAAAAAUUGCUGCUCUGAGCAUUGCGGCAGCAAGAUGAACAGGUUGAUUAGUACUCAGUUUUUCUGUCCUUUUCUUUUUCUUUUCUCGUCCUCUCUCGGCUCUUGCGGUGUCAUGCGAGUCUAUUGGCUGGCGCUGGUUUGUUCGUUCGUGGCGGUUCGUUGGUUCGAUCUGGUAUUGCCUCUAAAUUUAUUGAAAGGGCUACUUUGUUUUGGCGUUGUGGCUGUCAUUAUUGUUGCAUUGAAAGUUGAUCCGAAUCUUAAAAAUCGACAACUUCUGUUCCUCGUCGCAUUUUGCUUCUUUGAGUUUACGCAUAACAUGAAAUUCUAUUGUUAUGGAGCACUUUUUGGUUUUUGAUUCUGCAAUCUUCUAUGAGCAAUCCAAUUUGUGGCUGUAAUGGAUAGAUUGGGAUGAUAGUAACUUGAAAUUGCAUAUGGUUAUUUGUAUCAUUGUAUGCAUAAUCAUGGAAGCAGAAGAUUUUUGAA